GAGGAGGCGAAUAAGAAGGGAAGGAAUGGAAAGGACACAGUGAGCCAUAUUAACAUCUUUGGUUGAUGGUUGAAGGCAUAAACCACAAUUUAUAUAAGAGAAAGCAGACCGGAAGAAAAUAUGACUGUGACGUGAGAAGGAAAAGUGUAUUUGCUACAUCAUUACAAAUAACCCCAAUAAUCAGUGUACUUCACGUUGGUCUGCAUCCACUCUGAAGCAACGAUGAACCGAAGACAAGGAAUCUGCUGAAGAGAGCUAUAAUUAAACUUCCGAACAACGGCAGUGUGUUGCUGAAGAGAAACCUUAUAGUGACCUUGUGUGGCUUUCCUCUGUGAUGACCCCAUGACGCCCACAGCGAAGGGCGAGGGUGGUGGUGGGAGGGAGCACAGCAGCGUGAUACUCUUUGAUGAGUCCAAGGGUGAGCUCUUCAGACUUGGCGAUGGCUUCAAGACGCUGCACAAAAAGCUCAAGACACAUUGGAAGGUUAUUAGUAAUCGUGAUGACCUGAACAAGGAGAUUCUGGGGCAGGCGGCGGUGGUGGUGCUGGCCUGCCCCCGCCAGAGGCUCACCGAGGGACAGUUCUCCAUCCUGCGGCGCCAUGUGGAGGAGGGACGGAGCCUCUUUGUGCUGGCUGAGGAAGGCGGAGAAAAGAAGGCAAACUCAAACAUCAAUUUUCUACUGGAGGAAUAUGGCAUAGCUGUCAAUAAUGACUCUGUGGUGCGGACUUGCUACUACCGCUACUUCCACCCCAAGGAAUGUCUCAUCACUAACGGCAUCCUGAACAGAGCCAUUCUCGAGGCCUCGGGCAAGAACAUUCCAAGUAUUAUCCUGGAUGACACUCGCUCAAAUAGGUCCAUGUCCUUCGUGUACCCCUUUGGCUGUACCCUCAACGUGGCAAAACCUGCUGUGGCUGUCCUCUCCACCGGCAGCAUCUCCUUCCCCCUUAACAGACCGGUGUGUGCCUUCUAUGAGCACCCGCAGAGCCAUGGCAGGGUGGCGGUGCUGGGCUCGGUACACAUGCUUACCGACCAGUACCUCGAAAAGGAGGAGAACGGCAAGAUCAGGGACGUCAUAUUCCAGUUCCUGACCGCCAAGGACUUCAAGCUCAACCAAAUUGAUGCUGAUGAUCCUGAGAUCUCGGACUACAACAUGACCCCUGACGUGGCCUGCCUUGCCGAGGGUCUGCGCACGUGUCUGCAGGAGUCAGAUGAGGUGCCGACAGACUACACGCAGCUCUUCCACACACAGCUCACCUCCGUGGACAUGCAGCUGGUGCCGGCCGCCCUGGAGUCCUACAACAAGCUGAACGUCAAGCAUGAGCCACUGCGCCUCAUCACGCCCCAGUUUGAGACACCCCUGCCGCCCCUCCAGCCUGCGGUGUUCCCUCCUUCGUUCCGGGAGCUGCCACACCCAUCCCUGGAGCUCUUUGACCUUGACGAAGCCUUCAGCUCGGAGAAGUCCAGGCUGGCACAGGUAACCAACAAGUGCAAGGAUGAAGACCUGGAGUACUACGUGAGGGAGUGUGGCGACAUCCUGGGAGUGACGCCCAAGCUGCCGCCCACCGCCAGGGACGCCAAGCACACUCUGGAGUACAUCUUCACACAGCUUGUGGAGUUCAAGAAGCUGAACCAGGACCCCGAUACCUUUAGCAGAUCAGAGGCGGAAGGGGAAGUUGUGUAAAGGAAGAGAGUACACAUAGCUGCCCCAUCCAUACCUGUGUGUGUGUGUGUGUAUUUACCUAGUUGUAAUUUUACAGGGCCUGGGCUUACGCUCGUGUGGUCCCGUCUCCGUAUCUAUAAUUAUCCAACUUUUCCUUGAAGCUCUGCACACACUUCGCCGAUACUAUUUCUUCACUUAGUCUGUUCCAGACCUCUAUGUUUCUUUGUGGGAAGCUAUAUUUCUUUAUGUCUCUUGAGCAUCUUCCCUUCCUCAACUUUUUACUAUGUCCUCUAGUAUUCCUGCUGGAAGGUUCUUCUCUUAGUAGCAAUUUCUUGUCAUCCACUUCUUCCAUUUUACUCAAUAGCCUAUAUAUUUGUAUUAGGUCUCCUCUUUCUCUUCUUUGUUCUAGUGUUGGUAAGUCCAUUUCCUUUAGUCUCUCUUCAUAUGUCAGUCCCUCCAGUUCUGGAACCAUUUUUGUUGCCAUCCUCUGUAUUCUUUCUAGUUUUUUUAUGUGUUUCUUCAUAUGUGGAGACCACACUGUUUCUGCGUAUUCUAGUUUAGGUCUGAUCAUAGUAGUAAUUAAUUUUUUCAUCAUUUCUUUGUCCAUGUAGUGGAAUGCUAUACCUAUAUUUCUCACCAUGUUAUAUGUAUCACCGAAGAUCCGAUUUAUAUGACUUUCUGGUUGCAUAUAAUCUUACAUUAUUACUCCCAGGUCUCUCUCUUCAUUUACUUUCUUUAAUAUUUCACCAUCUCCCAUUUUAUAUGUCCAUUUUGGUCUUUCUACACUUUUUCCCAUUUCCAUAACAUGACAUUUCUUCACGUUGAAUUUCAUCUCCCAUUUCUGACUCCAUUUCCAAAUCUUGUUUAGGUCUUCUUGCAGCUCCUUGCAGUCUUCACUGUUUCUUAUAUGUCUUUGCAGUUUAGCAUCAUCUGCGAACAGGCUCAUGUAGCUGUUUAUUUCCUCUGGCAUAUCAUUAAUAUAGACUAGGAAGAGUACUGGUGCUAAAACCGACCCCUGGGGCACUCCACUUUCCACCGUUCUCCAUUCCGAUCUUGUGUCCUUAACCACGGUUCUCAUCUCUCUUCCUCUUAAGUAGCUUUCCAUCCAGCACUUCAUUUUCCCUCUCAAUCCUCCUUUAUUUUCUAGUUUCCAUGGCAGUCUUGAAUGUGGAACUUUGUCAAAUGCCUUCAUUAAGUCUAGGUAAAUGCAGUCCACCCAUCCGUCUCUUUCCUGUAAUUUGUCCGUCACUCUUGAGUAAAAGCUCAGCAAGUUUGUUACACAUGAGCAACCUUUCCUAAACCCAUAUUGAUUGUUUGUGAUUAGAUUAUGUUCUAGAAAUCUCAUCCAUUGUUCUUUUAUAAAUUUUUCACAUAUUUUACAUACUACACUGGUCAGAGACACCGGUCUGUAAUUUAGGGGUUCUUCCUUUUUUCCACUUUUGUAUAUAGGUACCACUUCUGCCCUCUUCCACUCCCUAGGCACUGUGCCAGUUUUUAUUGAGCACCUAAUGAUGUCAUAUAUCGGGCCGACUAACUCAUUUCUGCACUCUUUAAGUAUAAAACCUGAAACUCCAUCCGGUCCCAUGGCUUUCCCUUCUUCCAAUUCCCCCAAUAGUUUUUUUAUCUCCUCUUUAUCUAUUUUGACCUCUUCCAAAUAUACAUCUAAGUUGUUUUCUUGUGAUUCAUUAAAUAAUGAUUCUUUGGUAAACACUUGCUGGAAUUUUUUGUUAAACAAUUCCGCCAUGCCUUUGGGAUCCUCGAUCUCUACAUUCUCUUCAGUCAGUCUUUCAAUUGUUUCUCUUGAUUUAAUUUUUCCAUUUAUAAAUCUAUAAAAUAGUUUAGGUUGUUCUUUACACUUUUCCACAAUAUCCUUUUCGUAUCGUUUCUCUUCUUCCUUUCUCACUUUCACGUACUCAUUUCUCGCUGCCUUAAAGUCUUCUUUGUUUCUUUGAUUUUUGUUUCUUUUUAAUCUUGACCACGCUUUGUCUCUCUUUUCUUUUGCCUUUGCACAUCUUGCAUUAAACCAGUCCUUUUUAGCCCUCUCCCUCGGUUUGUAUUUUGGUAUGAACUUCAUAACACCUGUGUUGUACGCCUUCAUGAAAAUAUCAUACUUUCCUUGAACUUCGCUUGUACUCAUUAACUCUUUCCAAUCCAUUUCACCAAAAAACUUCUUGAGGUUUUCCACCCCUGCUCUCCUAUAGUUUAAUCUAUCGCUUCUAUAAGUCUCAUCUUGUUCCCUUCCUCCCUCCUCCAUUUCCACCUCUAUGAGCACGUGAUCACUUUUUCCCAGGGGGCAAUCACACCUCAAUUCAUCCUUCACGUGAAUUUCUCUUGUCAACACCAAAUCCAGUCUUGCCGGUUCGUCGUCUCUUCUAUAUUUAGUGCUUUCCUUCACCCUUUGUAACAUCAAAUUUUCCAUCAUUAAAUUCAAGAAUCUAUUCCCCCAUGCCACAUCACUACCAUUGCUCUCAAACCUCUCCCAGUCAACCUCUUUGCAAUUGAAAUCGCCAACUAGUAUUACUCCUUUGUUUGCCUUAAGUAAUCUCCUCAAACUCCGUAUGGUGUCAUCAAUCAUGUUUUCAUAAUCUUCUUUACUCCAUGAUGUAGUUUUUGGUGGUACAUAUGUUACUGCAAUUGUCAUCCUUUCUCUAUUCUUGCUUUCCAAGCUUACACUCACUAUUUCUGCUUUUCCUUCUCCAUAUUCUAUUGAUUUUACUAAUAACUCUUUCUUUAUCAUUAUCACCACUCCUCCUCCGCCUUUGCCCAUUCUAUCCUUCCUCCAUACAUUGUAUCUUUCAUCUAACUCAAUUUGGAUGUUUUCUUUUAGUUUAGUUUCAGUUAGGCAAACUAUCAUGGGAUCCCUCUCUUUUAGAUAAUCUUGCAGCUCUAAUUUACUAGAGAUCAACCCAUCUACAUUUGUGUACAUUAUUCUUAUUCCCCUCUCUGUAUCUUUCUUACUUAGUUUUCGCUCCCCUUUCUCUUCUCCCUUAUGAACCAUUUUUUGAUUCGAUACCCCAAAAUUCUCCAAAAAAAUGUUUCUUUUUCUUCCUCAGAUCUUGCAUUAUUUUUUACUUUUGUCUCUGCCAGUAGUUCAUUCCAUUUCUUCCUUUCUUCUUCAUUUCUAUUUUUCAUUUUAUUUUUCAUUUUGAUUACAGGUAAUGAGAGAGCAAGAGGUCAUGAAUACAAGUUAGAGAAGACUAGAUGAUGUAAUAAUGUCAAGAAAUUUGUUUGGAAUGAAUUGGAUAAAGAGGUGGCGUAUUCAAGGAACACCCACGACUUUGAAGGAGGAUAAAAGUAGAUGUGGAGACAGGAUAACAUUUCAUUUUCAUUGUGUGUGCCUGUGUGUGUGUGUGUGUGUGUGUGUGUGUGUGUGUGUGUGUGUGUGUGUGUGUGUUAGGAAUGCUGCACACCAGACUUUUGUGAAAAUGUUGAAAUAGUUUGUUUAAAAGCUUGUACCACCCUGACUUAUCUCACACAAAUCCUUGACUGAUACGUAUAAUGCAGUCACCAUGGAUAGAUAGAUAGAUAGGCAGAUAGACAGAGAUUGAGAUAUUUAGAUAGAUAAAUUAUAGUUUUGUGGAUAUAUUCAGCAAUAAUAAAUGCACAAAUCAAAACAUAUAUUAUAAACACACAAAUGAGUAACAUAAAUCCUUAUAUUACAUUCCAUUUAUUGCUAACUAUGGGAAAUAAUACUGAAAUCUUAAAGUGGUAUGUUCGCUAUUUAUAUCUAGCACUUCACAAAGUAAGUUUUUUCAAUUAUUUCCUCUCGCAUUCAUGAAGAAAACAAGCAGGAAAGAUAGGAGUAAGUAUGUAUAAUCUCAAAAAUAUAUCUAUCAACAAAUUACUUACUUUUUACACUAGGUACAGCUGUCAUAUGAAGAGACGGGAUAUUUUGAAAUUGAUACUGUUGGAAGAGAGCAGAGAGAGAAGACUAAUAAUGAUGUUUAACCCGGUAGCAACGACGGACCUAAGUUGUGACUUUACCAUGUAGGAGCGACGGGCCAAAUUUUUGCCAUGAUAUAAAUCCCCCAAAAUAGAUGAUGCAUAAACUGAUCACAAAUGCGUUGAUAUAUAUUAUGAAAUGGUUUGCGUGAGUGAUGAUUUUUUCUCAUUAAUUCGCUUAGAGGGGUCUUUAAGAAACAUGAUCCCCGCAGCUACCGGGUUAAAUCAGUAAAGGGACCAGAAAAGGCAGACAGGGAGGAUCAUUUGACUUCAGAUAAUGAGAGAGCAAGAGGUCAUGAAUACAAGUUAGAGAAGACUAGAUGAUGUAAUAAUGUCAAGAAGUUUUGUGUUCCAUAUGAAAGUGGUGAUGUUUGGAAUGAAUUGGAUAAAGAGGUGGCGUAUCCAAGGGACACCCAUGACUUUGAAGGUGGAUAAAAGUAGAUGUGGAGACAGGAUAACAUAAGCCUAACUCAAAUCAUGUAUACAACAAUUAAAUAUAUACAGUGCUGCCAGGAAGUAGGAAUAUAAUAAGUAUGUAGGGAUAGAAAAAAUAGUAUGAAAUCAUAAAGACUACCCAUCAACACUAUUGACUCCAUACAUAUACUUCUUACUCCAUAAACAUACAGCAGUCAGGAGAAAAGGGUAGAAAGACACAAAAGGAAACAAUGAUCAUAUCUAAAAUACUACCCAUUAACAAACUAUUUACUCCAUACACAGUAGCUUAAAAUGUUUUCUUGCAAAUUAACAGGUAUUUAGCAGGAUGAGAAAAGGAUAAGAAUAUACACCAGAAAUCAUGCUUCAAGCUAUAGUACUGUUACUUUAAAGGUUCUAAAACUGAGUAAAGGAUGAUAUUGAUGAUUAAGUUAUUCUAUUCAACAAAGGUGAGGCUACAGUUGAUGGCUUUCUUACCUGCAUGUUGGGAGGUAGAGUUUGUGCAGGUUGUGGUGACAGGUGGGACUCUUUGCCUUGGGGUCUGCAGGAGAGAAAAGAGAAAUUGGGAUCAGUUGGUUAAGUGGGAAGGAGAAAGGACGGUAUUAUAAGAAACUUUCGCUUCUCACAUCAACUAUUUCUGUAGGUUAAAGAAGGGGUCAGUCGGGUUCUAAUGAGUGUUUCUUUAGGUUCACGGUACAGGAGAAGGGUCAGACUACCACCAGGGUCAUAAAACUAUUCCUGGAAAUGCCUCAAACUAUUAUGAAAGCCUUGUCAAAUAUGUGAACUUGGGCACCAAAAUGUCUAAUAAUACGCCCCAAAGUGUCAUUAGUGGUGUGCUAUGACUCUCUAGUUAAACCAUAUGUUCAUCUAGGUUUUACUCUUUAUGAUAAUAUUUUAAUUGAUCUGUGUGUAUUUCUUCUGUACUUAUACUUAUUAUUUAUUUAUUUUCUCACCUUAGCUAUAUAAAAAAAAUGGGGUAUUUGAUGAAAUUAAUGAUGUUUUACUUAUUUUAUUUAUUUAACUUAUAUAUAAGGUAAAAAAUCCAUUAAUUUACCUUCCACUGGCCUGAAAAUCCAAAUCGUCUGAAUAUGUGAAGGCGGAAAAUUGUAAGCUGAAAAAUUGCUCUUUUAAAAGCUGGAGUAGAGGUAAUUACUGGAACAUACAAACAUAAUUAAUAGUCUGAAUUCUGAAUGUGUUGCUCCUACUUGGACCAAUGGACUUUAACUGAAUAUCCACAUGUUUAUUUACUUAUUUGUCUCAAGGAAUUAUAGUUAGUAUGUGAUGUAAUGUUGGUGAUGGCGUCAUUAUGCUAGUCAACCACGCUAGUCAAAUGGUGAGCUAGAGUGUACUUAUAAUUUAUUUUUCAUUAAUGAAUUAUGGAAUAGAACAAAGAGAGGUGAUGAUCUGUAACACUGGAGAUGGUUCUAGUCAAGCAAUGAUAUUAUUUUAGCCCAGUACAUAAAUGGUUUCUUCUGAGUGAACUAGGAAAAACAAACACAAUGGAGGAAGAUUUAAGUUACUUUAUAUAUUAACAAAUUAUGGGAAACUACCAUAUGAUUAAAGGAUUAUUGCCACUCCUUAUCUUAGCUAAUUAUAGGAAUGAGAGUAGAGAGAAGAAGGUAAGAUUUAUGAAGAUGGCAAGUAAUUAAUGAAAUGAAAAAGAAAGGUGAUUAUAGUUUUUCUUAUAUUAUGGAAAAUGAGAAUGGGAGGGAAGAUGAUGGUUUUUAGAUCUUGGUGUCACUAAUGAUGACUGGUCUAUCAUCAUGUGCACUCCUAUACUGUGUUUAUUCUAUACUGUUUGUGUACUUCAUAUAUAACCUUACACGCUAUUGCACCAAGUGUGAGUUUUGUACACGGACAUCUAUACCAACCUUUAGUCUAGUUUAGUAAUCAAAGAAGCAAGAACAAAUUAAGAAACCCGGAGGACAGAAGUGAUAUAUCAACCUUUGGUAGUGGAACAAAAGAGUCUAGCUCAGUAAUUAAAGAGAUAAGAAAAAAAUAAUUGCAUAAGACAAAUAAUGUAUCAAUCUUAGAAUCGAAGCUUCAUUAAGGAGUCUAGUUUAGUAAUUAAAAGAGAUAAGAAAAGUUAAACCCACAGAAGGGCCAACAUAAUGUACAAAGACAAAUAUUAUAAAGUGCCUGUGUACAAGGAGGCGUUAAAGAAAGAAAGAGUUAGGGGAUUAAUUAGGGGUGUGUGAUGUCUCCUUGGCUCUUUAAAAUGUACAAUGAUGGGUGUAUGACUUGAAAAAAAAGCACACUAAACCUGUACUCAAUGAAUCACUGUUUACCAAAAAUACAUUUAUCAAACAAG